CAUUCUUCCCCACGCACAACAUUCUUCCACUCCCCACGCACGCAAUCCAGCCUCUGCCCUUCCAUUAAUCAAUCCAUGGCGGCCAUGGCUCUGUCUCCUCUGCUCCUAUAUAAACUCCCACCGUCUGUUCUUCUCCAAUCCAUCAAUCGCCAUUGCUCUCUCUACUCUACCUCCCGAGCUCAAUUAAUCACCUUAUCUAGGCAUCUAGCUUUCAUCCCCAGCGCCAUGGCUUGCAACACCGUGGCCACCGAGGUGAACGCCGCCAUCACCAACCUCAACGCCCACCUCGCCGGCGACGACGCCAGCGGCAAGAACACCAUCAUCACGCUGGCUGGGGAGAACAACGGAGCCACGAUGGAGGCUGCGGCCGAGGCGGAGGACCUGGUGGUGGUGGAGGCCGGCGAGCACGGCGAGGGGGAAGAGGAAGAGGUGGAGGUGAGCGCUUACACGAACAGCAACUACCAGGCGGUGAACAACUCGGUGCUGGUGGCCGGCAGCUGCGCCGUCAGGGACCCCGGCGUGCACGUCGUCGUCGUCGAGCACGUCGACGACAUCCGCGAAUGCGACGAAGGACUCUUCCAGGAAGGGGAAUUUGUUGCCAACAAGAUGGAGUGAUCAGUGCUGAUCGAGCCAUGGAUGAUCGAUCACCCAUCGAUCGAGAGUUAUAUUACAGGAACACGCUAUAUAUUAAUGUCCUGCUCUCUUAAUUCUGCUUGUGGUAGUCAAUUUGGUUGAUUACUUUGAUUUGUCCACACUAGCUUACUCGCGGCCCUGGAGAUGCUAGCUCCGAUGAUCCACUGAUUGUAUGUCUCUGUAAGCGUUUGAUAUUAUAUACAUGCAUGUUUAAUUAUGGUGAAAUUGCAUUGAUCAAUGUACGCACUACAAACAUAUAUUUCGUUGUAUUAUGCAAGUUUGCUUCAUGUACAAUUCAAUAAAGGUUUGGCUGUGGCUAA